AUGAUUGAGCGAUGGCGCACAACCACCACUUUACUGUAUAUGGCCGUGCUAUGGUCAUGUAUAUGCUGUGAAAACGUUUGUUUAGCUGUAGAUUUCAAAGAGUUGGUCCAGGCAUUCCUUGAUGCUAAUCGUUUGUCAAACUCGUCAUGCCCUAUCGAAAUGCCUAGGAGGCUUUCUCAUGAUAUAACUCCUAACUUGUUGUUGACUGGAAAUAAAUCGCAAUCCAACUCAACACAUCACCGUGCUAGUUCUGGAAAUUGCACCAAUAAUUUGACUGCGCCGGACUCCUUGAGGAACCCCACAUCUGUACUCAAAGCAGAACCCGUGGAUGCAAAAUUAUCAAUUAAACCAAAAGAAGGGGGAGAGUUGCACCAACCUAUAGCGACCUUUGACGAAUGGACAAAGGAGAAAUUGAAACAGGAACAUAGGAAAGCUGUUCCUCCGGCUUCUGUAGUGGAUACGGGGUUGCCUAGCACUCAAGUUCAACAGAUAGCACCUGCUGCUGCUGCGACUCGUAACUACGCCAGCAGGGAGUGCGGUGCAAAAGUGCUAUUGAGCAAUCCGGAAGCUGAAAAUACCAAGGCCAUUCUUAAUGAGAAGGAAAAAGACGAGUAUAUGCGCAAUCCAUGUGAGAAAGCCGAGAACAAAUUUGUCAUUUUAGAGCUCUGCGAGACUAUCCAGCCUCGCAGCGUUGAAAUCGCCAAUUACGAGUUGUUCUCUUCUGGACCGAGAAACAUCAGAUUGUGGUCAGCAGAAAGAUUUCCCAAUGGUGAAUGGCGUCUGCUCAGCGAACUAACUGCAUUGGACUCUCGCCAAAUUCAGCAAUUUCCUAUACCUUUCACUGGUGCAUACGCAAAAUUCAUCAAGGUAAAUAUUUUGAUUCAAUAGUUCUCACUACAGAUAGGUUUCUUGUUUAAGGUUGAAUUGCUAUCUCACUACGGUAAUGAGCACUAUUGCACUUUGUCAGUUUUGAAGGUUCUCGGGAUAUCUAUGGUGGAUGAGUACGAAGCAGAAGCCAAUGUUGAUGUUAAAAGUGCCGAUGCCCCUGCUGUGGUAGAAGCUAGUUCAUCUGAAUCCAAAGAAGCAUUCGGGUCAAACCCCACCGUCAUUGAAUUAGUCGAC